AUGAGUCGUGUUCUAAAGGACAAGAAUAGACCUAAGGGGGCGAUGUCGGCUUACGCCUGCUUCGUUCAGGUGAUACGCGAAGAGCACAAGAAAAAGCAUCCCGGAGAACACAUUGUUUUCAGUGAUUUUUCUCGCAAGUGUGCCGAGCGAUGGAAGAUUAUGACUCCUAAAGAGAAGAAGAGGUUUGAAGACAUGGCGGCCUUAGACAAAGAGCGUUACAACCGUGAGAUGGUCGAUUAUGUGCCCCCAGAGGGGGUGAAGAAGGCCAAAAAAAGGAAGGCAGCUAAGGAUCCCUCCGUCCCGAAGCGUGCUCUGUCAGCUUUCUUCUUCUUCUGCGAUGAGUUCCGUCAACAAAUUCGUGAUGAGCAUCCAGAGUGGAAAGUCGGUGAUAUCGCAAAGGAGCUUGGGCGAAGGUGGGAGGAAUGUACUGAAAAGGCGAAGUAUGAUACGCUCGCACAACAGGACAAGCAGCGCUACGAGGAGGCAUGCCUUUAUUCAGAUAUGAACAAAUAUCGUCAGGGUAUCUAUGUUCCACUGAAGAAGCAGUCGAAAGCUGACAACUCGACUGUGUCUAAUCCUGAAGCAGGAAGUGGUGACGCUGUGGCUGAGAAUGGGGAAGAAGAGGAGGAAGAGGGUGGAGAGGAAGGCGAGGACGAGUAA